AUGGUGUUUCAGCUGUACGAUGGCAUGAUGGCGCCUGUCACGGGCAAUGGAAUCGUAUCAGAGGCAUUUGCAAUGACCACCGGAGUGAAUCAGGCCUGCGUCCUCGAACGUACACUCUUCAGUCUCAUGUUCUCUGCCAAGCUCAUGGACGCCUAUCGUGACGAACGCCCCGGGAUCCGCGUCGCCUACAGGACGGACGGCCACCUCCUCAAUCAGCGGCGGAUGCACUUUCAGUCGAGUGCAUCCGCAACUUUCGUCCAUGAGCUCCUCUGCGCCGACGACUGCACUCUCAACGCCACCUACGAAGUGGACAUGCAAAGGAGCAUGGACCUUUUCGUCACCGCCAUUGACAACUUCAGCCUAAUCACCAACAUGGAGAAAUUGGUGGAUAUGCAUCAAAUGCCACCCAAUGCUGCCUACGUCGCACUCCACAUGAACGCAAACGGAACUCAAUUGCAAGCCGUGGACAAUAUCACCUAUCAGAGCAACAGCCUUCUCGCAACACCAAAAUCGACGAUAAAGUGGCCCACCGGAUUUCCUAGGCCAGCCAAGCCUUCGGUCGUCUGCAAAGUACCGGCCGGAAUCGACGCGGUCUCCACAUCAGCACCAAACUGGAGAUGUACAAAGCAGUCCUUCUGCCGACUCUGCUGUCUGGAGCGGAGACCUGGACAGUGUACAAGAAGCAGGCGCGGAAACUCAAUCAUUUCCACCUCAGCUGUCUUCGAUGGAUGUUGA